AUGGCGAUCUGGGCUGUCGCCAGUCUGGGCAAGGCCGCUGUCCGCUGCUUGCGAGCGCGAGGCCUCGGAGCCCGGGCUGCUUCUCAGCACGUUCCCUUGCCUUCCCUGCCCGACCCCCUGGGCAAUUGCCCCCCUCCGGGCAGGACGCUGCACCUCACAGCCGCUGCCCUCGCCGGGCACAACAAGUGGUCCAAAGUCCGGCAUAUUAAGGGUCCCAAGGACACCGAAAGGAGUCGUAUCUUCAGCAAGCUCUCGCUAAGCAUCCGCCUGGCGGUUAAAGAGGGAGGCCCCAACCCUGAACUCAACAGCAACCUGGCCAACAUCUUAGAGAUAUGUCGCAGUAAGCACAUGCCCAAGUCAACAAUCGAGACAGCACUAAAAAUGGAGAAAGCCAAGGACAUUUAUUUGCUGUAUGAAGGUCGAGGCCCUGGUGGCUCAUCUCUGCUCAUUGAGGCAUUCUCUAACAGCGGCUCCAAGUGCCUUUCGGACAUCAGACACAUCCUGAACAAGAAUGGAGGAAUGAUUGCCGAAGGAGCUCGUUACUCCUUUGACAGAAAGGGAGUGGUCGUGGUUGGAGUGGAGGACAGACGAAAGAAAGCUGUGAACCUAGAGCGCGCCCUGGAGCUGGCCAUUGAAGCCGGAGCUGAGGAUGUUAUGGAGACCGAAGACGAAGAGGAAAAGAACAUGUUUAAAUUCAUUUGUGACACCACUGCAUUGCAUCAAGUGAGGAAGAAGCUGGACUCCCUAGGCUUGUGUUCAGUGUCCUGUACAUUAGAGUUCAUCCCCAACACCAAGGUGCGCUUGGCUGACCCCGACCUGGAGCAGGCCGCCCAUCUCAUCCAGGCUCUUGGCAGCCAUGAGGACGUGAUCCAGGUCUAUGACAACAUUGAAUAA